GAUAUAAGUUACCAAAAAAAAUAACACUGAUAUAUCGACUGAAACCAUUUCAGUAGAAGUGAAGCCAUGGAAUCUAAAGCUGUUCAAAGGUUACAGUUUCCAGCCAUGGUGUAUUCAGAUAAGGGUGGAAGAACAGUACCAAGUGGUUCUCUUAACGUGUCUUGUGGUUUUAUGGAACAUAAGAAGCUUCGGGUUUUUGUUUCAGUGCCUUCGACGAAGAUUCAACAGAGAAAGCUCCCUUUGAAGAUUGCAUGUUCUAAUAACAAAGUUCCAGCUUCAACAUUGAAAUCUGAAAGCUUUAAGACUCCUCUCAGUGAAGAGUUGAUUCUGAAGAGUAAAUCCAAAGAGGUGGAACCGUAUUUAAGUGGACGCUGUAUAUAUCUUGUUGGAAUGAUGGGAUCUGGAAAGACAACUGUAGGGAAGAUUCUGUCACAAGUGCUUUGUUAUUCGUUUUUUGAUAGCGAUACAUUGAUUGAGGAGGAGGUUGAUGGAACUUCAGUAGCUGAUAUAUUCAAGCACUAUGGAGAGACUUUUUUCCGUGAUAAAGAGACUGAGGUGUUGCGGAAGUUGUCAAUGACGCAUAGACAUGUUAUAUCCACGGGCGGAGGUGCUGUUGUGAGGCCUAUUAAUUGGAAAUAUAUGCACAAAGGGGUUAGCAUAUGGUUGGAUGUACCUGUAGAAGCAUUGGCUCAGAGAAUAACAGCUGUAGGAACUAAUUCUCGCCCACUUCUACAUUCUGAAGUAGGAGAUGCAUACACUAAGACUUUCAUGCGUUUGUCUUCUCUUUUUGAAGAACGAAGCCAAGCAUAUGCAAAUGCCAAUGCCAAGGUCUCCUUAGAAAAUAUAGCAGCAAAACUGGGCCAAAAAGAUGUAUCAGAUUUGACUCCAACUGCUAUUGCAAUUGAGGCUCUGGAACAAAUCCUAGGCUUUCUAAAGAGUGAAGAUGGAUAUUGCUAGCUCAAGCUGGUUAUAAUUUCUCUUCAAACCUCAUUUAGUGCAGGAGAAUAUGCUUUUCCUUUGUGUUUGGAAAGAAUUGAUGUAAUGCGGCACCAACAUGGCACAUAUUUAAUGUUCAUGCACGAUUAGUGUUACAUAAUUUGAGAGGAACUGGAAGCAGCAAGUAUUCAGUAUAUACAGUUUUGAUUUUUUGUUCCA